GAGGGCUUCAUAAACCACCUGCGACGAGGUUUCACCGUCUUUUUUAUCCUGCCUGGUAAAAGGAGUUUUACUUGGUCUUGGUACUGAAUUUUUUACUUAGUCUUCGUACUGAAAUUGGAUUAAUAUUUUCGCCUGGGGACAAUAUGGAAAGUAACAGGCAAAUGAAAUAUAGCAUGCUUGAAUUGGUACUGGUUUUAUUUUUCACGGGCUCUUGCGCCUCAGAAAUCUAUCCAAAAGCACAAAACGUAGCCUGGUCCUCUGUCAAUUUCAAAUCCAUAUUAACAUGGAGCCCAAAACCAACGAAUUAUUCCUACACUGUCGAAUUUUCACAACUCGGCCAGGACAGAGAACGGAUGCAGCACUGUAUCAAGACGAUGGGAACUGAAUGCGACCUGACCGCAGGGUUAAAAAACCUGAAUGCCUCUUACAGCGCUGACGUCCUGUCUGAACCCAUGCGGGGCGUCUCCUCAGAUUUGGUUGAGUUCCCUCAUGUCAGCUCGGAGAAAUUCUCCCCUUACUAUGACACUGCCAUUGGCAGGCCAGAGUUUACAAUAGAAGUAAGCAGCGACAAAAGGACGAUGACGCUGCUCGUAAUGGACAUCCCCACAGCUCUCUUUAAUAAGGAUAAUAAGAGACUGAAUAUUCGGGAUGUUUUUGGAGACAACCUGCAGUAUAAGGUUGCCUACAGAAAAGCCAAGAGCACAGGAAAGAGAGAGAAGAUCAGUAAAAGCAGCAUCAUUGAGCUGACGGAUUUGGACCGAGGAGUGAGUUACUGUUUUAACGUUCAGGCUUUCCUACCCUUCCGCGCUCUAGACAAACAACACGGGGAAAUCAGUGACAUCCAGUGCUCUCCAGAAGAAAACACAUCUGUCUUUGAAGAGUAUGGUGUGGGUGUCAUCGUCGGAGCCAUUUUGAUUAUCAUUUUGGCAGUAACAACAAUCAUUGUCAUCGUGAUGUGCUACAAACGAAGACAGACAGAAAAAAACACAGGAAAAGAGGGAUCACCUCUGAAAGGUGUGUGAGGAGUGAGGAUGCUCUGUUUGGUAGAUCUCAACUGGACUCCCUUAUGGAGAAUGGUGUCCCGUUCUACUAGAAAACAGUGGGAAAAUUGUGUUUCUGUGAAACCUCAAACUGUAGAUAUGUUAGACAUAUUAUUUAGCAAGACAAGACCUUUAUACUGUCUGGUGGUGGGUUCUUUAGUCUGGCACUGAAGUGUAAACAUUUUUAUAAGCACUGCCUUAUUUCUUCUACUUUCUAACAAACGGAAAUACUGUAUGGUUUAUAAUGGGUUUUUAUUGUGCGCACUUGGGUGAAUCAAAAUCAAAGCACAUUUUAUGAAAUGAAAGAACACUAAUUUAUUUUUUUAGCUAUUAAUGUGGUAGACUAUAUUUGUUUGUAAAGUAUUUUUGUGACAGCAAAACAUAUUUGUUAGGUUUACAUGUAAGUGGCUAACCUGCAAUCAUAAAAUAAUGUUAAAUCUGGUUUAUUGUUGUCAUUUUGAUCAACUUUAUCAUUAUUUUACAAACCUGUGAAAACAGUAGGAAUGGUACUGAGGUGGGAUGUUAUUUUAUUUUUUAAAUAAAACUGUUAUAUAUACAAAAA